AGAUGCUCCACUCAAAGCAUCACGCUGGAGCGAGAACGUUCAGUCAGCGGGUCUGCUGUGGAAGAGAGCGGACGGUGAGCGGCUGAACGAGGGAGGACUGAACCUGUGAUUCUCUAAGGUUUGGCACCAGAUGAAUGAACAAGGCAUUUCAAGGUCCUGAAAGCUGAUAUGAUUUCAUCAAGUGCAUUGCCCUGUUGAGAAGUAAACAAAUACAGUUCUUGGAGUAAAAAUGAAAAAAAUGUGAGAUGAGGUUGUGGUUCUGCACUCCAUCCAAACUGCGAAAUUUGAAGGACUAGGUGAAGACAAGUGAGGGAACGAGACCUUUGAUGGAUCCAGGAUUACUGUGGAGCUUUUGAGAGAGAAGCUCAGACUGAUACAACAUGAAUGUGCAAGAAAAGAUACAAGCCGGUGAAGACAACCAACAAGGAGAAACACAGAAUGACGACAAACAGCCUUCGCUAGAACCUGAGGAAGACGCUAAUGCCAAUCAAAUCACCAAAGAGAAAAUUCAUUCAGAUAACCGAGAACAUGGCAGCCCACUACCCCCUCUUGUAUCACACUCUGAAGCCCAGGAGAGGAUCAUUAUCUGGGGAACACAUGCUCAGAGUGAGGACCCUGAACUGGAAGAGUUUGAACUGCUUGAGUGUCAAGAGCUAGAAACAUUUAUUGUGGAAGAAGAAGAGGUAGACAUGUCAAGUGAGAGAAGCAGAAAGGGAGCAAAGAACCUCUGUGACAGGACGUUGGCAUCCACAGCUGUCAGCGCUACUGUUGGAUCCCCUUGGAAAGACCACAAUGAGAACCACAGUGUGGAUGGAGAUGCAAAUGAGAACUCACAGCCCCUUGAUCUCAGGACCUCUAGCUCUCGCUCUGGGGCAAACUGGACCCUGAGAGAAGCGCGAAGUGGUUCUGAAAGCAAUGUUUUUUCAUCUUCUCUUUCUGCAGUGACCAGUCUCAGUGGAAGUUUAGCCAGUGCCCUGGACAGUGCAGGCCGCACACAGCCUCUCUCUUCCCAGUCCACCAAGUCUACCUCAGGCAAAGGCAGGAACCAGCAACCAGCUACUACCGAGUCCUACAUCCUCUCAGAGAGAAACAGGGAGCUUCCCAGGGAUUUGGACCAAAACCAUAACUCUACUACACUGCCUCAGGAAUCACAAUAUGACCGAAGUAAGCUAAUCACUCAAAGUGGGGUGUAUCCUUCAAAUGGAGCAGUAAAAGUGCAAAAAUUCCAAAUGGAAGCAGAGCAGAAUGGCGGGAAAAGGAUGUCAACCGAGGUGCAGAAAGGUAUGUUGAGGGUGCUACCUUCUUGUAGGCAACUAGUCCGCCCUCUUUCUACUGAAAAACGACUUACCUCAGGAUAUCCCAGCAUGGACACCCAGACAGACCAGCAACAAUCCCAAUCCGCUGAGACAAGUCACAGCCAUCAACAAGUGCUGCCGACUACAGAAGUCAACAGUAAGAACACAGGAUCAGAAAUGCUUCCCAACCAGACCUUUACACGAGAAGCCCAACACUUGAAGAGGCAGAGCUCAGCAGAUCGUGCUGCAAGUCCCUCCAGCCUAGAAAGGAAGACUCACUUCAGUCGGCGGACCUACAGCAGUCCGACUAGACCUUCGACACCUCCAUCCCCCAAGACCACAAGGUCUCCUCAAAGACAGCCUCCAUCCUCACCUAUCAAGACUUUACCUUCUCGAGCUCCUCAGUUGGGUUAUGCUGGGUACAGCUCAGGCUUAAGAGCCCCAGUUAAAACAACUAUCAACACAAGCAUCCAUAAACCUCCUCCUACAAUGGAGGCUUCAAUGGAGACCUCCCCUCCAAGCAAGUGUCUGCCAAAACCGAAAAGUGUCCGACCCAAAAUCAUCACGUACAUUCGGAAGACUCCGCAGGUGAAACCCCAGUCUCUUGAGGGAACUUACGAGGUGUCGUCCUUACCUACAAGACUCUCAACAUACAGCAGCACACAGGCCAAACCAGCGGUAGGAGAACAAAGAGAAGCCACUGUGCUGAGUGCCUCAAAUUUACUCUACGAUAAGUAUCGACAAGAGAUGCAGAAGGUUCGGUUCUUCUCUCCUGGACUCAUGGUGUCUGGGAUUAAGCCACCCAGCAACGCCAUGCCCCAAAAAAUGUCAGGCCGAGCGGACAGCUUCUAUGGUUCUCUUAACAAGCCUCUAUCUGCAGCUGUGGGCAGAUCUCCAGUCACCCUUGGAUCUCCUGUGGCUGGAGCCGAGGACCCUUCUGGACCCCCUAUGGGAGCACAGGAUACAGGGAGUCUUUUUCGUCCACCACGGGGACUAAGACCCCAGCUUGGUGUUGGUGCUGUAAACAGGACUCCCUCUGCAGCUGCGAAGAACAGGAUGGUCCAAACAAGCCACCCAAAGUCACCAUUGACCCUCAGUCAACCAAUGCAGGCAGUAAACCCGACCACUCAAAACCCUCAGGAACCACAAGAUCAGAGAAAGCCGGUGGUGACUGGGUUAGCUGCUAAAUCCUUCCUGCCAAAGCCAGCUCAGUCUGGCCUCCGUCCUCCUGGUUACUCGCGCCUCCCGCCGGCCCGUCUGGCUGCCUUUGGGUUUGUUCGAAGCUCUAGCGUCUCCUCCGUGUCCAGUAACCACUCGACCGACAGCACACGGAGUGACCCCUGCCGACCCGCCUACCGUCCCAACAAUAUAAAUGAUGAGCCACCGUUUCACCGUGUCACCACGUCGCCCCCUGGAGAUGGAUCCAGAGUACCCUGCCGCAGCACCCCUCAACCCCCCAACACUCCUGCACCCACACGCCGCUCCCUACUGCCCCCUCCUCGAAGCUCCCCCGUGGCAUCCCGUAAGGAAUUCCAGAAGAGUUCUGAUGGCACCCGUUCAUCUCUCUCUUCCCCUAAGAGACUCGCUGUAGUGUCUCCUAAACCACAGUCUCCAGUUCUUCAGAGGCAACAGAGGGCAACAGUGGCAGUCCGAGGCUCAAGCAUCCAGAUUUUGCCUCGUACUGGCUCUCCGGGCCCAGAGAAGAAAAGAGAAGAAGAGCAGAAGAAAGAAAAAGAGCAAAAUGAAGCAGAGAGACAUGAGGAGUUGCAGCUCUUGCAAAGUCGCUGCGAAGAACAGGCCAGGCAACUACAGGCUCUUCACACAGAACUAAAGAAAACCAGCCUGGGUCUGGAGGUCUUUGUCAUCUGCACUCAACACUUCUCCCUUAAGAGUGAAAGUGCUGAGGAGAAGGAGAGAGAGUUGACACAGGAACUCAGUCGAAUUCAGCAUGAAGUGGCCUUCAACGCAGCUCGCUGGGAGCGUCUUCAGAAAGAGAAGAGAGAGCUGGAGGAGUGUUUUGAGAGGGAGCUGAGAGAGCUACAGGUGCAGCAGGAGUCUGAACUCGUUACCUUAGAGGAGAGCUUGAGACUACGGCACGCUUCAGACAGAGACCAUCUCAGAGCAGAGCACCAGUCAGAGGUGGAGGAGCUUCACACCCAGCACCAGGAACAGAUUGAAGAGUUGACUGCCAACCACGAGGCCGCCCUUGAAGACCUGAAGACCAUGCACAACAUCACCAUGGCAACACUGCAGGAGGAGCAUGCCAGGACAAUGAGAGACUUAAGGAAAGCCCAUGAGCAGCAAAAAGCCAGUCUAGAAGAAGACUUUGAGAAACUGCGCCUCUCGCUUCAGGACCAGGUGGACACUCUGACUUUCCAGAACCGAACUCUGAAAGACAAAGCCAAGCGUUUUGAAGAGGCCCUGAGGAAGAGCACUGAUGAACAAAUCGUGGAUGCAUUGGCCCCGUAUCAGCAUAUCGAGGAAGACCUAAAGAGUCUGAAGGAGGUUCUGGAGAUGAAGAACCAGCAAAUUCAUGACCAGGAGAAGAAGAUCUGUCAUUUGGAGAAAGUGCAGGCCCAAAAGAACCUGCACCUGGAGGAGCGGGUCCAGGUGCUUCAGCAGCAGAAUGAAGACCUGAUGGCCCGCAUCGAUCGCCACCUCACAGUGUCAAGACAACUGUCUGAGGAGAACGCAAACCUUCAGGAGUAUGUGGAGAAGGAGACCAACGAGAAGAAACGUCUGAGCCGCAACAACGAAGAGCUGCUCUGGCUCCUCCAGACAAGUCCCCACCUGUCACCUUCCUCUUCUCCUAUCCACAGAGCCUUCUUCCCCGGCCCUGAUAUUCCCCCUUACCCUUACUCUCCAGGCCCUGGUACCCCCACACACUCCUGUUCUCCUGGCCACUGUACGCCCACUCACAAGGUGGCUUCUCCGGGACCAGGGACGCCCACUCUGAGAGGCUCGCCAGCAGCACGCUCAUCCCCCGCACGGAUCCCAAACGCCAACACUUUACCCAGAUGAGCUGUCCUACUGAAACUCGGCAGCCUCGCCCAUUUUCUCUUACUGUCCAUCAUGGACAACAGUGCUUUGUUUUGAUGUGCGGGCCAUGAUUUCCUUAAAAAAAUGUGUCAAAUUUUAUUAAGAUUUUGACAAACACCAACUGCCAGACAGAGAUGAAACAGCCUCUGUUAUUUCCAUUUUCUAAUUUGAGACACAAAAAAGUUUUUGCGUCUCAGAGGAUUGGACUCGUAGCAUCAGAAUGAAAGAGCUAAUGAUGCUAAUGCUAAUGAUGUGCUGCCAACAAUACUUGGCCAGCACGGAGGCAGAAUCAUUUUUGUGUAUACAGAAGUAGCUCGGCUUUAGAUUUGACUCUAAAACAUGCUGUUGGACACCAACACAAAUGUCUGUAGGUUCUCCUGAAUGACAUAAGAGAACUUUUUACAACAAAAAGCACUUUAGGUUUCUGCCCUACCUUCUUCCUACAGAUAAAUGCACCAGCAUUUUUUGUGGUCUGGUUUAUUUUUUUAUGAGAUAUGUCUUCUGAUUUUGCAAAUCUCCCAGUGUUUGAGUUUUGAUCCAGAAUGUUUCAAAUUAGUCAAGAAAUACUGCAAAAUGUCAUUUUCUUAAUACGUUUUUUUUUUUUUUCUUUCAGUGAAAUUAUCAAAAUAUACUUUAAAAAAAAUUACUUUAGAAAAUUAAAUAUAGGAUAUGACUUGUUUUGAGGCAAUUUUAUUUAUUUAUUUAUUUAUCUAUCUAUCUAUCCCAGUUGGCUUUUUUUAAUUAUUCAUACACUACCGUUCAAAAGUUUAGGGAUGGUAAGAUUUUUUUAAAUGUUUUUGAAAGUCUCUAUUGCUCACCAAGGCUGUAUUUAUUUGAUAAAAAAUACACUAAAAAAUGGUAAUAUUAUAAAAUAUUUUAAAGUUUAAAAUAACUGUUUUCUAUUUUCGAAUAUUUUAAAAUAGAAUUUUAAAAAAAUAUUCCUGUGUGUAAUUUAUUCCUGUGAUGCAAAGCUGAAUUUCCAGCAUCAUUACUACAGUCUUCAGUGUCACAUGAUCCUUCAGAAAUCAUUCAAAUAUGCUGAUUUGCUGCUCAAGUUUAAUAUUUUUGUGGAAAACAUAAUUUUUUAGGAUUAAAAAAGUUUGAAGAACAGCGUAUAUAUGAAAUUUGUAGCAUUACAAAAGUUUUUACUUGGACUUUUGAUCAAUUUAAUGCAUCUUUGCUGAAUAAAAGUAUUAAUUUCUAUUUAAAAACAAAAAAAUCUAUAAAAAACAAUCUGCUCUAAAAUUUUGAAAGGUAGUUUAUAAUAAUAAUAAAAGAUUAAAUGAUCUUGUUUUAAGAAUGUUUAGAUAAUUUUAAUGGAAAACAAAAAAGCUGAUUAAGAAAAUGAUUUUUUGCAGUAUAAAGGCGAACAAGCUGCAAUGCCUCCCACUGGUGCAUAGGCAGAUGUUUUCCUGGACCCAUCAAAAGACUAAUCCAGCUAAUAUCAAAACCAGCUUUUCUAAGCCAGUGUUUCUUACAAAGUUCAGUUUGCCUGCUGACAUGAUUUUGAGACCUUCCGUGGCACACGUUGCUUGGUUAACUAGACAAAAAACUCUUCAGCAUCAAGUCUGUUCUUCCUAUCUGACAAAGCAAGUGCUCUCACUUCAUGCAUGACAUAAAACAGGGAGAUCAAGCAAAUGUAAAAGUACCGACUACAGGAAAUGUCGUUGUAAAUUGUAGUUGUAAUUUUUAUUAGUAAUUUGUAAUUUAAUGGACAUUUUGCUACUUGAUGUGCAUGUGAUGUAAGUCUUCCAUUCUUAAUGUGAAUCCUAGGGUAGUUGUCAUGUUAGGGUAGACACUUGGACUCCUGGGGGGAUGAUAGCUUCCACCUCUGAUGUUUUUUUUUUUUUUUUUUUAAAUGUUUGAGGACAAUAUUUUACCCGUAGUAAUAGGACAUGAAUGAAUUAAACCUCAUGUUACACCUGUCAGAGAUCCUACCAGGUGUGUCGCAGGUUUACAAUGUGGCAGUUAAACGUGUGUUUGGAUUUAAGCUAUCUUUAUUGUAAUGCUGGUUAACUCUUGUAUUACCUCUGUAGAGUGUAGCAUAACCUAGAGAGAGUUUUCUCUGUAUGAGUGAACUAGAAAAGAAUGUAACUGCGUCUUUAAAUGUUGUAUGAUAAAGUUCAGGGAAAUUAUUUUGCUCUGUCUCAAAGGCAGUUUUCAGUUUCAGUUUUUAAAUGAAAAAUAAGACAUUCCUCAUGCAAAGUGGGUUUUGAUAUUUCAAAGCAAAAAGGUCAUUUUUUGAAAUUUUGAAAAAUUGGAUUUGUUUUCUUUUUGUUUGUGUGUUUUUACAAUUGAUACAUCUUUCAAUGGUCAACCUUGUACGCUUUUGAUACAAAGGAGAUUUUUUGUAAACUCUUCACUGAUAAUAUUUUUUCUAUAGUAUUAUCAGUUGGUGCUUGUACAGGGUAUCAUACACAGAAGUACAAUAAUCUGCUAUUCAAGACCAGCAAUCUACAAAAAUCCACACACACAGCAAAUAUGUAUUUGCAGAUGUUUUUUCUUCAUUUGAGACACUAUUGUUUACUGUUUAUAAUGUUUUUUUAAUUACUGUGAAAUGUAUUUUUUAUUCUAAUUCUAAUGCAUUUUAAAUUAUGUAGCUUUGCAUUAUGAAUUAAUUUAAUUUGCUUCUGUCACUGUGAUAAUAACGUGUCGUUGUUAACUUUCCAUUUUUGCUACUCUGGCACAGAUGCUUAUGAAUUUUCUGGAUGUUUCCUGUCAAGCACAAUAACAUUGUAUACCACCACGUUUUUAAAAACAAUCUUUUUAAAAAUACAUUUAAAAAAGCACUUAUUUUUUAACAAUUUUAUUAAAAUGUAAAACAACAUCAGAUCAGCUUAUAGCCUAGUUGUUCAAAAUAUAAAAUUCAAAAAUCUUGAUCCACCACAGCAAGUACACAAAUGUUUCAGGGAUGUGCCUUUAUUUAAUGUACAAAGUAGCAAAAAUGAAAAGGGUUUUCACAUUACAGCAGCCUUACAAACAGUUAAUAUGCUUCUAAUAUCUGGAUUAAUGCAGGAAAGUAAAUGCAUCUUUUUUAUUUGUUUGCUUAUUUUAUUUAUUUUUAUUUUUUACAUAUUUUCAAAACUAUAAAUUAAGUGGUUUCCAUUCUAAUUAAUUUAAUUUUCCAUUUUUUUGCAUUCCAUAUUCUUUGCAUAUUUAUGUUUUAAGUGUACGUCUCAACAACAAACCUCAGCAACCUCAAUUAAACAAUCAUACUGUACCUGCUAUGGAUUAAAACCAUGUUCAAAAUUAUUACUAAUCCACAUUUAUUAUAAGAAGUAACCAUGUACUUGUAUACUCAAAAAUCUUGAAAGAGCUCAUUGGUUUCUUUCCUUUUUGCCCUCAAGACAGACUUCACUGUGGUGUUAGCCCAUAGAUGGUGAUAAAUGAUAUAAAACAACAGAAUCAGGUUCUGGACGCACUGACUCUUUGUCCUGUGGACAUCUAAACUACUGAAUGUGAACUUACCCCUGAAAAUACUGACACAGUCAAUGUAAACUGGGAGUGGUGGAGUCACUUAUUGUACUGAAUGAAAUUUGUCCAUCUGUCUAUUUACUAACAUUUGACUUCUCUUAUGUCUUUUUUGACUGAACUUGCAGUCGCUUGUAAGCUAUACUAUUUAUUGUGUUGUAGUGCACAGUAAUCAAUGCAUGUUUGUCUUGGCGGAUCAUUCCUUCCCCAUGUACGUUUUCAACUUGUGAUGGUUCACGCUGUAACUGUAGCAUAGAGAAUAUAAUACUAAGGAAUGGAAAGAAUUUAUAUAUAACUCAUUUGUAUUCACUAUGGGGGGAGGGGAUGAAUAUUAAAAUGUUUCAAAAGACAAUGUU